AUGUCGGCCAAGAUUCUAUCUGGGACCGACCUGUCGGCGGAGAUACGCUCCGAGGUUGCGACGGGCGUUGUCGAGAUGCAGGAGAAGCACGGCGUAACGCCUGGCUUGGCCGUGAUCCUGGUCGGUGGCGACCCUGCGUCGGCAGUCUACGUGAACAACAAACAGCGAGCCUGCGAGCAGGCCGGGUUGUUCAGCGACUCAGCGCAACUCCCCGAUACAGCAACCGAGGACGAAAUCUUGGCCGCUGUCCACGCAUUCAACGAGGACCCCAGGGUUCAUGGCAUUCUCGUGCAACUGCCCCUGCCCGGCGGAAUCGAACAGCACCGCAUCAUCGAGUCCAUCGACCCGGACAAGGACGUCGACGGCAUCCAUCCCUACAACCUUGGCAAGCUCAUGCAGGGCCGGCCAGACUUCCCGCCCUGCACCCCCGCCGGCAUCGUCGAGCUCUUGGUGCGCAACGGCCACGACCCGGAAGGCGCCAACGUGGUCAUCUGCGGGCGCAGCGACAUCGUGGGCAAGCCCCUGGCGGCGCUGCUGAUGCAACGAGGCCGUGGCGGUAACGCCACGGUCACCGUAUGCCACACCCGCACUCGCGACUUGGCCGACGUGACCCGCGAAGCCGACAUAUUGGUUGCUGCUAUUGGCCGCCCUGAGGCCAUCACCGCCGACAUGGUGCGUGACGCCGCGGUGGUGAUCGACGUCGGCAUCAACCGGGUGGAUGAUCCUUCCGCCAGACGCGGAUACCGCCUCAAGGGCGACGUGGACUAUGAGGCCGUUUCGCAAAAGGCCUUGGCCAUCACUCCCGUUCCCGGCGGUGUCGGCCCCAUGACCAUCGCCAUGCUCUUGGUGAACACGCUGACCGCCGCCCGCAUCAGAAUCCAUGGCCGCCACCACUCCGGCUAG